UUGGAUUCAUGGCAUCCCAUGUGGAGGGGAGGCGUCGUCUUUGCUUUAACUUGGGCGCUCCGUUACUUGAAAAUUUACUCAGUGCUCCUCGCCGACUGGCAGAGUUAGGAUAUUUUAAUUCGUCGACAUGAAGGGAAACUUCAUCUGGCCCAAAGAAACAAAUCAUUGCGUUUUCGAAAAAGCAAGGAGCUUAGGAAAAAUGGAGUAUAUGCAGAUUGCAGUUCUGCUAGCGACGCUGUUCGCUGGAUUUGCGAAUGGACAGGGUAGGCAACAACGAAUUCUCAGCCAAGCUGGUGUUUCCUACAUUUCCAAUUACCUACCCAGAUACGUUUCGGGUUGCGACACCUACACUUGCGGAACGAACGCAAAGUGUACGAUCAGCGAAGGCCGCCCGGUUUGUUCUUGCCUCAACCUCCACAUGGGGGAUCCUCUCGUCCAAUGCGUACGGGUUGAGUGCCAAAUUAAUGAAGAUUGCUUGGGGAGCCGAGCUUGUUUGAACAACAAAUGUAUCGAUCCGUGUCCCGGUUUCUGCGGUCUAAAUGCAGAAUGUCACACCAGGGACCACGUUCCCACAUGUACUUGUCUUGCCCGAUACACCGGUGAUCCUUACACGUCGUGUCGCAUCGCCGAUCCUCAGGCUGCGUGCAAGCCCAGUCCAUGUGGUCUAAACACGAAGUGCGAGGUGAUCAAUGAGGUUCCAAGAUGCACUUGCUUACCGGGGUAUCAGGGAUCCCCGUUGUCUGGAUGUCGGCACGAGUGCGAGAGCGACGCAGAGUGUUCGAACCAUUUAGCUUGCUCAAGUAAUUUCAAGUGCGAGAAUCCAUGCCAAUGUGGGGACGGAGCCAACUGCGAAGUAAUCAAUCAUCGGCCCAAGUGUACUUGCCCCAACAAUUGGUUGGGAAGCCCGUACGUCGCCUGUCGCCCAGAAUGCACGUAUCAUUCGGAUUGUCCGCAAAGUAAGCCGGCUUGCCUUAACCAAAAAUGUGCCAAUCCUUGCGAAGGGGUGUGCGGUAUCAACGCCAACUGUCAACUUCGUGACAUAACUCCGAUCUGUAGCUGCCCCAAGGACAUGACUGGUGAUCCCUUCGUCAGCUGUAGACCAUUCGAACCUCUUGACUUGUGCCAGCCGAAUCCUUGUGGAAUUAACGCAGUUUGUACACCGGGUCAUGAUAACACUGGCAAAGAAAGGCCAGUGUGCACGUGCCCUACAGGGUACAUUGGAAAUGCAUUGAUCAGCUGUCAGCGGGGAGAGUGUUUAUCCGACAAUGAAUGCCCUGAUAAUCGAGCCUGCAUCGACUUCUCUUGCCAGAAUCCUUGCACAGGAAGACAGUGCGGACCGAGUGCCACUUGCAGUCCGAGACGACACAUCGCUGUGUGCACAUGUCCAGACGGCACACGAGGCGAUGCUCUUGUCACCUGUAACCCAAUUGACUCAAGAUCGUCCUUCAAUUACGCCAGAUACUACAGAUAUAAGUAAUCCUGUUUGAUUACCUGAGUAUGAAUUAAAGAAAACAUAUUUUUAUUGUUUACCCGAACAACAAUCCGACUGAAACAUGUAAAGUAAUUUUUUACUCAUUGUUAAACGUUGCAGUUUCACCAAUAUGAUCAUAUGCGAAAGGAUUGGAAUAAAAACAAAUUACCUUA